UUUCACAGAGCAAAGUUAAAAAUUUGCCAGCGUGUUUGUUUAUUCGUACUUCGGUUCCAAGCCCUUCUUACAGUUCACGAACACCUCAACGCGCACGUUAGCAUUGUCUUCUCCAAAAAGAACAGAGCGCGUGAUCUCACGCGCGUAAUCGUUCUUCUCUAACAACCAUAGAAACACAGUCUCUAUAUCUUUCUCCUCUCCGAUUCACCACCGUCGCCGUCGCUCGUUUCCGAUCCAAUUUCCUUUGACGGAAUCCUGUGAAUAUGAUGAGACGGGAUCCAGUGUUUGUGAAGAAGAAGCAAUCAUCGGCUCCAUCAUUGGUUGAUCUUUGUGUUCAGAAAGCUAUAGAUAAUGUAAGAUACCUUGGAAAUGUUGGUCCUGUGGAUCAUCAUUUGCUUGAGCAAAUUUUGCCGCAUUGCACGCUUGAUCAGUUGAUGCAUAUCGAGAAGGCCAGCGAAGGGGAUUUGAGCCCUGUAACUGAUAAGUUGUGGAAAAAGUUCUUCGAGAAGCAGUUUGGUUUGAAUUGCACAAAAGAAGUAAUUAAGAGGAUGGUGCAGAAAAGAGUGUCAUUCAGAUGGUUGCAGUUGUACGAGGCUAAAGUAAAGGAAAUGGCCGAGGCUGAGAAUGAAGCACUUGAUCGAAUCAGGCAACGCUACAAGAGUGAAGAUGCUAGAAAACAGACCAGGCAAGUAAAGAUAUGCACCAAAGUUCCACCUUCAAGUAAAAAAAGAUUUUGGGGAGAUAAUGGACCUGGAUACAACGUGUCAAAUGUGAAGAGCAACAUAAUGAAGAAGUCAAAAAUAGAGUUUCUAAAGUGCCGCGAGGUAAAAAACAUUGCAGCAAUGAAUAAAAGUUCUAUCCAGAGACCUGCCAGUUCAUCAAGCAUGAUGAGGAGUGGAAGCAUGUCUGGAAUUGGUUCAUCUUCCAAAGAUCCUAAAUCUUCAAAGAGGUUAUUUUAGGAGCUAAGUAAGAAAGCUAGCAAUGCUAUGCAUCAUCAUCUGGUUUUAAAUUGUGAUGACAUUUGAUGCCUACUAAAAAUUGUAUUAUCAUUAUUUGCUUCUUAAAUUUCCUUGAUUUAUAUGUGCCGGUGUAUUGUGUAGAUAGCAUCAAGAAUUGCAUAAUUGUUGUAAUAUGUUGAUUUCCAUAUAUAAAUGCAAUUACAGAUCA